UCAUUUCGGUGCUAUCUCUCUCUCUAACCCGUCAUUUGGGAGCGAAGACGCCGAAGAAAGAGGGAGAGGAGCGAAACCAGACGCAGAAGGGAGACCAUCUCCACCUCGAGCAUUUCUCAGGAUUUCGUCGUCUUUUCCUUUUCUCUCUCUCCGUCUCCGUGUUCCCUGUAUCUCACCGGAUCCGCGAUCCGGUUCCAUUUGACGGUCGAGUUUGGAUUCUAGCAGGUACUCAGAAAAGCUUCGCCGACCCGGGAGAGGGGGCCUGGCUCUUCUGUUUCAGAGUGAAGUUUUGGUGGAAAAGCUUCAGAGAUGAAGAAAGUCUUUGGUCAAACUGUCAGAGACAUCAAAAGAGAGGUUAACAAGAAAGUGCUGAAAGUUCCCGGAAUAGAACAGAAGGUUCUGGAUGCUACAAGCAAUGAGCCAUGGGGUCCGCAUGGAUCACUUCUUGCUGAUAUUGCGCAAGCCUCGAGAAAUUACCAUGAGUACCAGUUGAUCAUGGGUGUCAUAUGGAAACGACUUAGCGACACCGGAAAAAAUUGGCGGCAUGUUUAUAAGGCUUUAACAAUCUUGGAGUACAUGGUAAGCAAUGGGUCAGAACGUGUCAUUGAUGAGAUUCGAGAACACGCAUAUCAAAUAUCGACCUUGGCCGAUUUUCAAUAUAUUGAUUCCAGUGGUAGGGAUCAAGGUAGCAAUAUUAGGAAGAAGUCACAGAGCCUUGUGGCCUUGGUGAACGACAAAGAAAGACUAGAGGAGGCCAGGCAGAAGGCGACUGCUAACAGGGACAAGUAUCGUGGCUCAGCAGCAGGUGGGAUGUAUGGGCCUUCGGGAGGAUAUGAUGACAGAUAUGAUUACGAAAGCCGCUAUGGGGGUAGGGAUGAGGAACGGAGUAGUUAUGGAGGAGAAAGAGAAUAUGGCUACAGGGAUGAUGACAGAUAUAGUCGUGAUGGAGAUCGUCACUCCAGAGACUCUGAAGAUCGGUAUGGGAGAGAUGGAUUUGAGGAUGAUGCUUACGGUGGAGGGAAGAGAAGUAUUGAUAACCAAUAUGGGUCAAGAAGUAGGAGUUCUGACAGAGAUCGGGCUUCUGAGGAUGAUGGCCAGUCUUCAUCACGCAGGGGCAAUGGUGCCAGACCUGAUGAUCAUUCUCAGGAUCAGGAGGGGAGGCGUCUCGAGCGCAAGUUUUCUGAGCAAAAUAUUGGUGCCCCACCUAGUUACGAAGAAGCUAUUAACGAAUCACGGAGCCCUGUGCACAGUGAAAGGGAUGGAGGAGAGAAUCCGCAGACACAGAUGGCUGCUUCAAGAGCUGUGUCAGGAGCUGCUUCUCCUUAUACUGAAAACAGUGCAGACAAAACCCCUACUGGUUUUGGUGACGAAUCAUCUCCUCCAACCCAGGAAGUUGAAGCUUUUGAUGAAUUUGACCCACGUGGUCCAAUUUCAGCAUCUGCACCUGUAGAUACUUUUCUAGCUCCUGCAUCUGGCCCUCCGACAUCCGCCCCGCCCACUUCAAAUAAUGUUGAGAUGGACUUGCUCGGCUCUCUUUCAGAUGUAUUUGCACCAAACGCGUUGGCAAUUGUGCCUGGUGAUUCUGCUUCGGUUGAAAUCAAUGGACAAGCAAACUCUGGUCCUGCUCCGUCAUUUGCUGUAUCUCAGCUGUCAUCGUCGCAGCCGUUCGAUGAUCCAUUUGGUGACUCUCCGUUUAAAGCCAUCCCUUCUGCUGACACUGACCCGACCCCGCAGCAAUGUUUUGCAAAUCCUUUCCAGCCAACACCACCGAACCACACCACGGAGAUCUCGCAUCUGGCUGCCCCGAAAUCUGAUACUACUGAUAACUUUGGCUUCGGGGACUCAUUCUCUGCUGUCGCUAAUCCUAACCCGGGUGUCUCAAAUAUGCAACCUCCAUCAAGCUCACAAGCUUUCUCUCAAGAGGAACUAACCACGUCAGAAAGUGAACUCGAUAUUCUUGCAGGCAUUCUCCCACCCUCCGGACCUCCGGCUUCUCUACCUUUACAACCAGGUCCCCCAAUUCCGACAUCUGAAUUUGCUCCCAAUGGUAACAUGUACCAGAACUUUCAUCCUCAGGUAGUAUCUACAGCUCCAAACAUGCCGGCCCAGACUCCUUUUGGUCAAGGUCCGCACCCAUAUAACAUGGUUUCUCAGCCCCAGAAUCUGACCGGAGGAGGCAUUCUGUUUAACAACGGUGGAGCUUUCAUGCAUCAGCAGGGUCCUGCAACUUCCGAAAUUCCACAGUAUGCUCCCCAACCUAUUAGCGGAAGCUACCUUCCGCAACCGGUUCCUGCUCCUCCAUCGAGCUCUCAAACUCCGUACCGUACACUCAGUGCACCGGCUGGUCAGCUUGAUGGUGGAAACUUCAUGCCGCAGCAGCUGGCUCCUGGUCCUGUUGCCCAGCAUGGCGACAAUGCCUUUGGUGACAUUUUCACGUCAACUGGUCCAAGCUCCUCACUGGGGACAUCAUCUUCUCUUCCAGAUCUCGCACCUUCAGCGGGAGUACUUGAUAUUGUUCCUCGGCCACAGGUUGAGAAGAAGUUUGAGCCGAAAUCAGCAAUCUGGGCAGACACAUUGAGCAGGGGGCUUGUUAACUUGAACAUAUCUGGACCUAAAACAAACCCAUUGGCAGAGAUAGGAGUGGACUUCGACGCCAUCAACAGGAAAGAGAAACGGAUGGAGAAACAGACAACAACUCAACAAGUAACAUCCACAGUCACAAUGGGUAAAGCCAUGGGAUCGGGCUCAGGCUUGGGGCGAGCCGGGGCUAGCGGCAUGAGGCCUCCACUGACUCCAAUGGUUGGGCCCAACAUGCCCAUGGGAGGCGUUGCCGGUGGCUAUGGAGCCAUGAACCAUCAACCCAUGGGCAUGGGCAUGGGCAUGGGAGGAGGAUAUGGACAAGGUUACCCGACGCAACCCCAGCAGUGGAUGGGACCCGGCCCUGGAAUGCCAGUCGGCUAUAAUCCGAUGAUGGGUCCGGGCGGGUACAAUCCUCAGCACCCGUACGGUGGAUACCAGUAAGAAUUUAAGUGAUUUCAACCGAGAUUCAUCAGUAAAUUCACAAAAUCCUCCACCUUUCGAGAUCAUCAACGGUAAACCCUAAUCUCUCUUUUUUUUUUUUUGGUUGGGGAGGGCCGAUUAGAGGUAGAUUGCCGUUAUUUUAUUUUUUGGAUUUAAACUUCCCGAGGUUGAAUUUAUCUCAUCUGAUAUUUCACUUUUUUUUUUGCUGAUUUGAUUCAUUCUCUACUAUUGGGGACCCAUGGAGUUUUUUUUUUCCUUGUGAAAUUUGUAUCAGUGAGGCAAAACCUUGCUCGGGUUUUGCCCUUCUGUUAUAUCUAUAUACACAUAUUUUUUUGUCUUCUCUUUCUCGGUUUGAAUCUGUGUAAUGCGUUUGCUGAAAGAAUAAAUAAAUCGAGCAUGUUAAUUCCA